AUGGGGAAGAAGCGCACCGCCAGCCAGAUCACUCACAAAAACCACUUCGUCGACUCCGCUAAGAAGAGGAAACCAAACGGCCCUCCGUCGAGCAGCAAGAAGUCCAAACAGCCCGCCAACGACAACCCCGCAAAGAAGAAGGCGCAGCAGCAGUAUCACCAGAACCAGGAACCCGUCAUCCCCUUCUCGCCCGAAGACGCGAUCCUACUCAUCGGCGAGGGCGACCUCAGCUUCGCCGCGAGUCUGGCGACGCACCACGGCUGCCGCAACGUCACGGCCACCGUCCUCGAGAAGAACGAAAAGGAGCUGCUGGAGAAGUACCCCCACGCCGACGAGAACAUUGCCCAAAUCACCCACCCCGGAAGCAGGCCCAAACCCAAAACCAAGGCAGAGGAUGGCGACGGCGAAAACGACGAGGAAGACGAAGAUGCGAACGAAGACUCCCCAGCGGCAGACGAGGAGGAAGACGAUGAAGACGCCGAAUACAAACCCUCCCUGCCUCCCAACAACAACAAGAUCCUCUACAACAUCGACGCGCGCACAAUGAAACCCUUCACCCGGCGCACCACCUCCCAGAACCACCACGGCACCGCCACGACCACGAAACACGGUCUCUACAAGCGCAUCAUCUUCAACUUCCCCCACGUCGGCGGCAAGUCCACCGACGUCAACCGCCAGGUCCGCUACAACCAGGAGCUCCUCGUCGCCUUCUUCAAGUCCGCCCUGCCCUCCCUCGCGCCCCGCGGCACCCUCGUCGUCACCCUCUUCGAGGGCCACCCCUACACCCUCUGGAACAUCAAGGACCUCGGCCGCCACGCCGGCCUGCAGGCCCUGCAGAGCUUCCGCUUCCACGCCCGCGCGUACCCGGGGUACCGGCACGCGCGCACCCUCGGCGUCGUGCGGGAGAAGAAGGGCACCGGCGAGGCGAGCGGGAACGCGUGGAGGGGCGAGGACCGGCCCGCGCGGAGUUUUGUGUUCAUGAGGACCGGCGAGGCGCCCGAGGCGCUGCCGGCGCAGAAGAAGAAGAAGAGGAAGGGCGGGGAGGAGAGUAGCAGUGACGAGGAGUCGGAUUUCGACGACGAGGUGGGGGAUAUCGAGGAUGACUUUGAGUGA